AGGCAAGGGAGCCGGAGGAAUCGAAAAUUCGGAAUCGAAAAGAGAGCGAAAUCGAGACGAUUAUCGAAAGCAAUGAGCAGCGAUUUUCUACCGUUAGAGACUCUCUCUCCAAUAGAAACCUUAGAAAUCGAGAACGGUCUCUCACUAGUUCCGCGCGUGAAGCUCAAUUUCACAGUCUACCCUUCACUUCCGUCAUCAGCUACAAAACCAAUCGAUGAAUGGAAGCUAAAGCGAUCACUCAUCGAGUUUGCAAAGACCUCUCUAUCUGUCACCAUCCCUGAAGAUGACCUCGAGAUUAGACGGUUCAAGGAUGUCAAGAAGCGAAAGCGCGAUGAUCCUGUAGCUCAUGGUAGCCUCAGCAUUCGUGACCUAGGGUUUUUAAAUAGUAAAAAGAGAAAUGAAGAGGAAAGUGAGGAUUUGAAGAUUUUGGGGAAGAAGUUUCGAGAUUGGAGAGAUACUGUUGUGGAAAAAAUGGAUCAAAUGGAGGUGAAUUUACAAGGGGAGAAGUAUAGGCUUAGUGUGGCUGUACCGGAGUCUGAUGAUUUUGAAGGAAUGAAGAAAUUGUGGGAGAAAUUUUAUGCUUUUGCAAAUAAAGGGUAUGUAAGAGGAGGGAAACAGGAGCCGGAUACGAUUGUAAUGAAAGGAGUUCCUUCGCGGUGGGUUGCGGAGCCUAGGGUUUCGUCAAAGCCUUCAAUGUUAGUUACGCACACAGUUUUUUCUACAUUUGGGAAGAUAAGGAAUCUUAAUGUUACUGAGGAUGAUGAUCAAGAUAAGGAUGCAGACGAGAAUGGUGGGGACAUAAUUUCAGGCCUCCACUGCAAGAUUGUGGUUCAGUUUGAGAAACAUAGGGACUUCUAUAAUGCUCUUAAGGUCUUAUGUGGGCGCUCAUUACAGAAGCAAGGAUCACGAUUGAAGGCUGAUUAUGAGGUCACCUGGGCCAAGGAUGGCUUCUUCCGGAAUUCAAGAAGUCAAGCACGAGAAAAUAGUAGGGUGCCAGCAGCGGGAAGGGGGCACUACAGAAAUGAAGCUUCCAGGGACGAACCUCAUUUGUCUCAAUUUACUGCUGAUGACACACGCCGGAAGAGGUUCAAGGAAUAGGAAUGGUGACACCCACGUUGAGAAAUAUCUACAGACUGAGUUGAGAACAUGAGGGGUGAUUCCUACUGGUUAACAACCAGGAAUUUAAUGUUUUGAUCUCUUCUCGAACAUAUUAUUUGUACCAUAACCUCGUAGAAGAUUGACGAUGAUUGGCCCAGUUUGUUGUACGAAUAGGUCACACUUGGAAGUGGCAUGCUCAUUGCUGUGAGUUUGCCUACGGACCUAUAUUAAUUUUUGUAUUACCUCAGAUUAAAGUUCCAAUUAAUUCAAAUAAAAUUUGAUAA